AUGGAGCCUUAUAGUGUGAACUCAUUUCGCGUGAAGCUAUCGGUAACGACUCCCAUUGAGCCCUCUUUCUUCUUCCAACUAACAUUCUACAGUGCUCGAGAUGCCGCGAAAGAAAGGUAUGCCGCACUGCAAGAUCGUCAAGAGUACGCUGACAUCGUCGAGCUGAAAUGCGACCGGGGAGAGCCCGACUGUGACCGAUGCCAGGCCAGCAACGUGCAGUGUCGGUAUCCCGAAAGAAGAAAGGCUCGUGGAGCACGACAAAAGACCGAGAUGGAUCGCCUUGGCCAUCGGCUUGAGGCUCUAGAGGAGCGUAUCGGGAAUAGUCAGAGUCAGAGUCUAACGCCACCUGCACUUGACACUCUUUCGAAACAGGCCAGCCCCCGCACGGAACCACCCCGUGUGAGCUCCGAGCCCGAAAACGCAACCAGCACAUGGAUCUACCGUCUUGUCAGCGGGGCAAAGGACAACAUUGAGGACCUCACAAACAAGGGUCAGCUGAUUUCUGACCCCCCAUCGCCGUGGGCGCAGUCCACCGUCAGUAAUGCCAUCAACCGACUCGACACGGCCUUGGUCCGCCUAGCAGCCCCGAGUGCACGGCCAGAGUCAAGUUCAAUGGACGCUGCAAAGGUUAACCUGUCGGCAAGCGAGAUAUCGCGGUAUCUGGAUACUUUCAUCGACAGCAUUGCGUGCUACUUGACCAUCUGCGAUUCAUUCAGGACCGUGGUCGAUUGGGAAUUGUUGAGAGCGAUGCCCCAUAUCAUCGAUUCGCCCUAUGCCCAAGUCGACCCUGCGAUGCGGAUCAUCUACUACAACGCCAUCCAGUUAGCACAGAGUAUGUGCACAGAGUCGGAGGUAAGGCUAGCGACGAGGACCUACUACAAAUGUCUCCAGCUCGUUCCUGCAUGGCUAGAAUCCGCCAAGGGAUCUCCUCUGGACCUUUUUGCGGCAAACUUGACUGCAUGGGCUGCGGUGAAUAGCUUCGACUAUCACCUAGCAUGGCAAUUCCACCGCGAGGCCUGUCGGUUCGGGGACAUGCUCGGAGUCCACGAUGUUGACUCGCCGGGGUCUGGUUCGCGGGAGGAGAAUGAGAAGGAGAACCUCCGCCAGCUACACUGGACUUUGGUGGAGACCGACUUCCUUUUCAGGCUCUGGUACGAAAAGCCCAGUGCUUUGAAAUGCCCGCCCAUGCAAGUCAGAUUUCCUUCGCAAAUCUCUCCACCGGCAGAGCAGCCGAAACGGGCCCGUUGUAUCAUCAUGAUUGUCUGGGCACGCGCAAUGUUCAUCUUGUCCGAGUUCUUCGAUACCACCAAGGGGUUGGCCAGCGAGAUGACAGACGAGGUUGAGAACAAGAUUGAUCUUUUCUGUAAGCAAAUCGAAGAGUUGCUCGACGAGUGGGAAUUGCUGUCCAUGGCGAGAUCACCUAAAACGGGACCCAUGGAGUCGUGGAUCUUCGCCGAUUCAGUCAUCGCCUUUUAUAGCUUCAUCAUCUUCAUGCGCCGCAGAGCGUGCUCCAAUGACCAGAUCGCACACCCACAGGCGAUCAAGGCUGCGAGGACUGUGAUCCAAGUCAUUCUCGAGUGGUCAGACAAGCCUCUCACGGGUGCUCACGAGGGGCUUCAGGGAUUCCACACGCACCUUGUCACUUUUUAUCCAUUCUGCGCCUUCUUCACCUUGUACUACCAUAUCUUGUCUGCCACCGAUCCGAGCGAGUACGAGGAGGACAUCGCUUCCCUUGAGGCGGCCGUAAGCGAGAUGAAGAAGAGGGCCUCUAUUCGGCCAGACUUUGUACCGCUUGUAGAUGCGAUGGGUGCACUGAAUGACAUUUCGCGGGCAGUGCACAGUACGCGAGACCCUCUGCUGGGCGUCAACCUCACAAUCUCCCAUUCGACGGGCCAGUACGAGAGACCGAAUCUCCCCGAACAGGGUCUCCAGCCAGCGACCAACGAAGUCGAUUUCUCGGCUACGCACUCUUUUGCCCCUUUUGGGCCGCUCCAGAACCUUUCGUCAGACUUUCCUCUCCAAGCAGACAACACGCUCGAUGAUCCUUUCGGGAUCCCCUUUCAGCUCCAGAACCAGAUUGCGCUUAAUGUGGGUCCUGCGCCUGGAAUCGAUCUCAACUCCACAAAUAUCGAUGGCACUCAAACCAUCUCACAGCCGGUAGAUGUUGUGCGCGCGUUUGAAAACGAGCUGAUCUGGCGCAACUGGCACGAGAGUUGGUGGAAUUCCCAAGGCACAAGCGGCGCGGCAGGCUGA